ACAAAAUGAUGUCCCUUUUCUCCUCCAGAACAACAUCACAUAGUUUGCCUUCCAUAGCCACUGUUCGGGUCGCACAAACCAACCCAAAACGUGUGUCAUGCUUUCUUCCCACUUCUGGAUUGGACGAACUUCUCCCACGCGUUUAGCCUGGUGAUGGUUAAAUAUGCCCCCAGAGAGCAACUGUUUGUAUUCAUGGUUUACUAUUCUGAAUUGCUUCUUGAGACGUAGUUUACCUAAAAUAACCAACUGCCACAGGAUGACAUUGUUAAUCGGAGGACUCGUCUGUUGCAUGUCGUUGCUUGCUAUGGAGGUCCAAGGAACAUACCGACUUCAUGGAGGAUGCCAUCCUCGGCCGCAUCACGCAGACAACCCUAUCGUGCCACCGCAAACAUUUCAGCGGAGCAUUCAAAAGCAACAACCAUUUCAGCGGAGCAUUCAAAAGCAACAACCAUUUCAGCGGAGCAUUCAAAAGCAACAACCAUUUCAGAUUGCUACACAAGGACAGCAACAAAUUGGGAAUGUUCAGCAACCAGCUCAGUUGUCUCAGAAUCAAAAAACGAUUGAUUUGGGAGCACAUGGCAAUAAUUACAGGUUUAAUGGCUAUGACUACUAUCACCAGCCACCCGGGAAAUGGCCAGUCAUGUACCUCCGGCCCACAGCACCACCCCGUCCACUUGAACAGCCGGUCAGUACCCCAAGCGGCACCACCACUCCCAUCAUCAGUGCUGACACAGGAACCCACUGCAUAAGUCGGCCCCUAGACCUGGUGUUCAUUAUCGACAGUUCACGUAGUGUGCGCCCCGCAGAAUUUGAGAAGGUCAAAAUCUUCCUGGCUGACAUGGUCGACACCCUCGACGUUGGCUCGGAUGCCACGCGGGUGGCCGUCGUGAACUACGCUAGCACGGUGAAGAUCGAGUUCCUUCUCAAGACGCACUUCGACAAGGCAGGCCUGAAGGCAGCGCUAGGCCGCAUCAAAUCUCUAGCUGCUGGUACAAUGACUGGCCUGGCUAUCAAGACAGCCAUGGAGGAGACCUUCACUGAGGAGUCAGGCUCCCGGCUAGCUAACAAGAACAUUGCCAAGGUGGCCAUCAUCGUAACCGAUGGACGUCCCCAGGACACGGUGGAGGAGGUGGCCGCGGCAGCGAGGGCGGCGGGCAUCGAGAUCUACGCAGUGGGGGUGGACAGGGCGGACAUGAAGUCCCUGCGUCUCAUGGCCAGUCUGCCCCUGGAUGAACACGUGUUUUACGUGGAGACCUAUGGCGUCAUUGAGAAGCUCACAUCCAAGUUCAGGGAAACCCUGUGUGGUGUGGACUGCAACCACGACUGCAACCACGGGUGCAAGAACAACAACUCGUACACCUGCGAGUGUCGAGAUGGCUAUACACUGAAUGCUGACAAGCAAACACGUACACGUAAGGACCACAAGCCUUUAUCGGGAAUGUGGGUAUCACUUUGUUUGACAGGUACCUACAUAAGGACUUCGUGCCGGAACAUCGCAAUAUUUUUAAGCCAAUAUUCUACAAGAGGUACAGGAACUCAUGCACAUUCGCACCCAUGGAGCUGUAGAGUAGCUCGGGCUGCAGGGCCGGAACUCGACCUGAUCUUGCUCAUCAACAGCUCCAAGAGCAUCCACCCUGACAACUUUAAGCUGGUGAAGCGUUUCGUGGUGCAUCUGGUGGACUUGCUCCAAGUCGGCCCUGGCACUGUACAGGUCGGCCUGAUCCAGUACUGCAGCCAAGUCCGGACCGAGUUCACCUUAAACCAGCACCGGACUGACAAAGCUUUGAAGGUGGCGGUGAGAGGUGUUCCCAAGGGCUCCAUGACUGGUCUGGCCCUGCACCACCUGUUGGAUAGGAGCUUCACCGAGGGAGAGGGCGCCAGGCCAAAGUCAGCCAACGUGCCUCGGGACAGUGUGGAGAUAUACACAGUCGGUGUUGUGAAAACAGAGGAGAGAGAGCUCCAGGAGAUAGCCUCUGUGCCCAACAGCCAGCAUUACUUUCACUUGGCCAACUUUGGCACCAUCGACUCCAUAGCUCACACCUUAAAGAGCAAGUUGCGCCAAAAGGAUGCGAAUGAGAUGAGUGGGAAUAAGCUGAGUGAAAACGAGUGCAUGUGUGAGGCUCAGAUGGCCUUCCAGAUGAAGAUGCAGUUCACCAUACAGGAGCUGACCAGCAAACAUAUCCUUUUACCUCACCAUUGUUUUAUUGCCACCCUAAACAACACAUGGCUGAAGUGUAUGUCUUGGAGGAAAGGCUUCAUAGCCUGUGGAAGAGAUGAGGGUCUUCUCAAAGUCCUGAAGCUGGAGACAAAGACAGGUAACCAAAUCAGGGGGAAAGUGCUCAGGGAAAUUCAGCUUGCUCACGUGGCCUGGUCGCCAGAUAACAAGAUCCUCCUUUUUGGGAUGGCCAAUGGGGAAAUCUAUAUCUACGCCAAUCGGGGAAACUUCAUUAUAAAGAUGACGGUCAGCUGUCUGUGUAACGUGAUUGGAGCCAUCAGUGUAGCAGGGAUCCACUGGUACGCAAGGUCAGAGGGCUACGUGGAGCCAGACUGCCCUUGCUUGGCCAUCUUCAAUAACGGACGGUGCCCAGUGUUCAUAGACACGCUGAUGAACAUGGCCAGUAUGCAAUAG